UCAGCUGCGGAUUUCAGUGGCAGAAAGUGCGUUUGAAGACUUGAUGAAAAGAUGAUGCUCUUCUCUCAACAUCGAAACCGUCGCGGACAUGAAUGCAGAGCGGUCGUUUUGUAACGAGCCAGUAAACAAGGCCUGAUGAAAAAGCGGAAAAGCAAAAGGUGGACACCACAAAUCUGAGUGUCUUUCAUUUCAGUCAACGAGAGGACUUCACUUACAUGGGCUGUGUGCUUAGCAGCAGGUAGACAGUGGGGGGGCGGGGAUGAUGCUCAGAGUGUGUGGACAGGAGCAGAUAAUAAUCCUCACUGGACCGUCACCAAGGAGACAGAAACUCCGGAGGGUCCACACGCGGCAGUGUUUGACAGAGAAAUCCUCUCAGGUAGACCCAUCCAUACCUGCUGCAGCUUUAUGAGCUCGGACUGGACCAUUUCUCUCUGGAUGUCUUACACCUGACAUGUAACAAAAGACUCAAGCACCAAGGUGUGUGUCUGAUCUGUUCACUGCUGGCAAUGGGCAGAUGCUGCAGAUGCUGCAGAUGCAACGGGAGACUGCUGUGCAUGUGCCUGCUGCCCUGCAUGAUGACCGGCCACCUGCUGAUCUACAUCAUGGUGUCCAUCUUCGUCACCAUCUCCUACUCUCCCCCGAAGAUAACCACGCACUAUGUGGCCCCGGGAUUCUCGGCUAACUCCGCCGCGCUGGCCUCCCACCCCCUCAGCCCCUUCUGGAACCUCCGUCUGCAGGACAACGCGCUGUGGAACCGGUUACAGCACGCCUGGGACCGUCAGCACAAUCCCCUGCUGCGGGGAAACGCGACCGGCGUCAUGAGGAAGCCAAAGGCCAACACGGACACAGAAGUCGAGGACGACUGCGUCUCCGACUGCGUGUCGCAGAAGUGUUUGCUCCCUCGUAUGAACGAUUUUAACGGCCUGCCAGAACAAAUGAAGGCGUUCAUCAGGUCAAUGCACUGCAGGGAGUAUCCCCUCCUGAUUAAUCAGCCUAACAUGUGUCGGAAGAACAACAUCAGCCUUGAUCUGGAGACUCCCAUGCUCCUCAUGGCCGUCAAAUCUCAAGUGGGGAACUUUGAGAACAGGCAGGCCAUCCGUGAGACGUGGGGGCGCAGUGGUUUUGUGAAGGGGGAAUCGAACAGGAAAGGCGGAUUAGUGCGCACAGUGUUUCUUCUCGGAAGACAGGACUCGAGCAUGGGCCCCCACCCAGACCUCAAGAACCUUCUGGAUCUGGAGAACCAGAAAUACGGCGACAUCCUGCUGUGGGAUUUCAAAGACACUUUCUUUAACCUGACACUGAAGGACCUGUUGUUUUGGCAGUGGAUGCAGAGACACUGCCCCACCGCCAUGUUCGUGUUCAAAGGCGACGACGACGUCUUCGUCCGCACCGGCGCGCUUCUGGAUUACCUGCACAAGCAGUGGCAGGAGCUCUACCAGUGGAGACCCCAUACCAACGACAGUGGCAUCGAUUUGUUUGUAGGCGACGUGAUCAACUACGCCAUGCCCAACCGCGAACCUUCCACUAAAUACUACAUUCCGGAGCGUUUCUACAAGGGCGUGUACCCGCCGUACGCAGGCGGAGGAGGCGUGGUCUACUCUGGCUCGCUUGCACUGCGACUCAAGGAGGUCUCGGAGAGGGUUCGCCUGUUCCCGAUAGACGACGUGUAUCUGGGGAUGUGCCUGCACAGACUCGGGCUCUCGCCGAACCAUCACCCGGGGUUUUUGACAUUCGAUCUCCCACAGACGGACAGGGGAAAUCCAUGUGCUUACAGGUCUGUGCUGCUGGUUCACAGACGGACUCCCAAGGAGAUGCUGACGCUGUUCCAGCAGCUCCAGAAUCUGUCCGGGCAGUGCUGACGCUCAUUUGCCUGCCAAAUGAGCGUCAUUGAGGGCAGACAUGAGGCUAUUCCUGCACCACACUCACUGUGACUGUAUAUUAUAAUGAACUCUCUUGGUCUUUUUAAGUCAUUUUAUGUUUUGUGUUGUAUUUCUACUCUGGAUUAAAAUGAACUAUG